AUGGUGCAAUCAAAGGAAGAGAAUAUUAGCGAUCUGUUUGUUGAUGUGGAAUUGAAAUUGGAUACUAUCAUUCGCACUUUCAACGACGCCGGGAAGACAUUCGAAUCAUCGGAGUGGGCAAAGGAGAAGAAACUAACUCUUCGAAAAUUUGAUGUAAUGGUUCGGCUAGCCGAAGGAGAAAAUGAGGUUGCCAAAAACCUGCUCAUCAAAAAUCUCGAAUCAUGUAUGACUCGCCUCCGACUGGUUCUCAAGUUGGCCGGUUCUGGAAUCUUCGUUUUGUUUGGUGGACCAGGAAACUUAUUCCCAAUUCCAGGAUUUCUUGUUCAUAUCUUCAAAGGGACACCGCAUGCCAAACAUUAA